AUGUCGUCACUCUACAAUCUCGAACCUCAACCUACUGCAUCAUGCAUUUUACACACCACCUCUGGCGAUAUCUCUCUCGAGCUCUGGGCGCAACAAAUUCCUCUCGCGUCUCGUAAUUUUCUGCAACAUUGCCUCGACGGCUAUUACGAUAAUACGGUAUUUCAUCGACUUGUGCCGGGCUUUAUUCUACAGGGUGGUGAUCCUACCGGUACUGGAUCUGGUGGAGAAUCGAUUUACGAUGGCGGCGAAUUUUCUGAAGAGAAUGGCAUAUGGCCGAUGGAGGAGCGGAAAGGUCAAAAUGCGGGACCGAGAGGAGUGGGCUUCAAGGACGAGUUUCACAGCAGGAUAAAAUAUAAUAGGAGAGGAUUGUUGGGGAUGGCUAAUGAAGGGAAAGACACGAAUGGGAGUCAGUUCUUCUUGACUUUAGGGGAUACGCCUGAGUUGAUGGGGAAGAAUACGUUGUUUGGUAGGGUGGAGGGAGAGACGAUAUAUAAUUUGGCGAGGAUGGGGGAGGCGGAGUGUGGAGAGGGAGAGCGACCAUUGUAUCCUACGAAGAUUACGGGGGUGGAGGUGUUGGUUAACCCGUUUAAGGAUAUGGUUAGGAGAGAGAGGGUUGCGAAAAUUGCGGUUCCCGAGAAGAAGGCUCCAGAAAAGAAAAAGAAGAGGAAGGCUGGGAAACAGUUGUUAAGUUUUGGGGAUGAGGGGGAGGAAGGUGUCGAACAACCAGUUGUUAAGAAAAAGGCGAAAUUCGAUACGAGGAUUGUAAUGGACGAUGGAACUGCAGAUAAUGCGCCGGAACCAGAACCCAAGGCUAAAUUCAUACCAAAAAAGAAAGCGCCCAAAGCACGAUCAUCUGAAUCUCCUCAAUCAUCACCAGAACCCGAAGCAAGAGCACCUCCCAAACCGUUGCCCAAUAGAGCCGCAAAACUCGAACGAGAUAUUUCUUCCUCUCCAGAGCCUCAAGUUCAAAAGGUUACCUCUUUGCUAGAUCGCACAAAUGCGCAAAUAGCGGAACUAAAAGCGUCUAUGAAGCGGAAUGUUCAAACAGCUCCCGAGCCGGAGAAGAAGAAAUCAGCUUUGGAAGCCAUGAUUCCUGCAACAUCCGUUCGUGGACGAAAGCGCAACGCAAAUGGAAAGUCAAAUGCUAGUAACGAUCAAGCAGCUCUAGAUAUCUUGCGAGCAUUUCGGGAGAAACUGGAAACUGCACCACCUGAAAAGGAAGUGGCUAAGCCUGCCUCACAUGACGAAGCUGAAUCCAAACAGGAGGAAAAUGGAACCGUUGAUGAUGAAGAAGCUGCAUUGUGUGAUUUACACUUUAUUGCAAAUUGUCAGUCCUGUAGAUCAUGGGAAGCGCAAGGGGAAGAAGAAGAGGAAGAAGAUUUUAAUGACAAAGGGUGGAUGUCUCACGCGUUGAGUUUCAAGGAAGACAAAUUAGGCAAGGAUCUCAGUUAUAGGAAGAAAGCCGAAGAAGAACUGGUGGUUAUUGAUCCUAGAGAGAAAGCUAAAUCGCUGAGGGAGGAAAUGAAGGCGAAAAGAGAAGCGAAAGCUGGAGGUUCGACGGGUAGAGAAUGGGAUAUCAAGCGGAACGAGAAAUUAACGAGAGGGUCGGCUUUGGCUGGGAGAGGAGCUAAGUAG